UCGAACGGGAAAAUAGUAACGCGAGACGCUCCGUCCAUAUCAUAUUAUCUCUCAAAUACGAUUUUGACUAGAAAAUCGAACGCAAUCUUUCUUUAUGAAUAAUUAGAUAUUACUAAUUCACGCGAAAUGAAAUAUUCUCUCCUAUUAUUGACUCAUAUAGCAUAACUGUGACGACUUGCGCGUGAAUUUGAUGUCGCAAUUUUCGAGAAAAUCGUCGUUUAAUGUAAUCGUAGUUCUUACGUUGUUUUCUCACUGCAUUGUAAUAAAGCGCGCGUCGCGUGUGAUUAACAUCGAGAGUACCUUAAAGGAUACUGCGCGAUCGUUAUUUUAUAUUGAAGUGCAAUCAUAAUUAACCGUGAUUCCGCGAAUGAGUGCUGUGUAAGUGCCAUCCAAGGAAACAGCAAAAACACGAAGAGGACGAGCAGGCCGAGGAGGCAUCAGGCGACGACGGAGCCAUGAGAUCACCUUGUCUAGUAUCAAUCCGCUGUUGCGCAUCAUACCGGUAUUUGUCCAAGUGCAAGUUACAGUCACCAACAUCCCUUCCAAGCAUUGAUGAAAGCAUUGGCGGCUCGAGGCCACAAGGUUACCGUAGCAUCAACAAUUCCUUUAAAAAAUCCUCCAUCAAAUUAUGAGAACGUUGACUUAUCAUUUUCCUAUCGGAAGAAGGAUUGCACGGGAUUAAGACAUAUGGGAGCCUAUACGUUACUUCAUAAAAAUAUGUGGGAAGCGAACGAAUUAUGCAGGGAGCAGUUAUUCAGUCUUGCCGUCGACAAGCUUAUAGCGAGCAAUAAGACAUUCGACGCCAUCAUUAUAGAGCAAUUAUGGUUCCAGUGUUAUUACGCCCUCGUAAAGCACUAUAAUUUCCCGGUGCUGAUGGGAUUUUUAAGCGUAGGCAACUUGCCCUACGUAAUGGAUUCCGUGGGAAAUCCAGACGAUCCUAACUUGAAUCCAGAUAUGGCGUAUCCAUUCACGGAUAAAAUGACACUCGUUGAGCGUAUACAAAAUAUCCUUUACACAAUGUGGACAAGAUUAUAUUAUCGAUACUGGCACUUACCAAGAGCUCAAAGCAUCGCUAACGAAUGGGCACCCGGUGUAUCUGUUUAUGAUAUCGAUAAAAACUUCAGUUUGGUAAUCUUGGGUAACAAUCAUGUGUUUGGUUAUCCGAAACCAUUACUACCACACGUGAUAGAAAUUCAUAGUUUGCAAAUUUCGGAAAAAUUGGAACCCCUGCCCGAGGAAAUCCGGGAAUUUCUGGACAACGCACGGGAUGGUGCUAUUUAUUUCUCUCUGGGUUCGAAUCUACAAACUCACCAGCUACCCGCCGGGCCUUUGACCGCAUUGUGCAACGCCCUGGGUUCGCUCAAGCAAAGAGUUCUAUUGAAACAUGACGGGUACAUGGCCAUUCAUCCGACCAACGUCAAAUUUGUGAAGUGGGCGCCCCAGCAAGCGGUCCUCGCGCAUCCCAGGGUGAUGGCAUACGUGAUGCAGGGCGGAUUGCAGUCGUUGCAAGAGGCAGUACACUAUUCCGUACCGGUAGUUGCAAUUCCCUUUUUCGGGGAUCAACUUUUCAACGCACGUAAAAUCCUAGACGCCGGUAUCGGACUGACACUGGACAUCGACACCAUGACCGAGAGCUCUAUCAUACAAACGCUCCGAGAGGUCGUCGAAAAUAAAACGUAUCUGAAUAAUAUUAAAACAAUGUCGGCAAUUGUGAAAGACGAAUUAAUAAAACCAAUGGAGAGAGCAGUGUGGAAUGUAGAGCACGUAUUAAAAUUUCCGAAUUCGAGACAUUUACGGUAUCACGGACGUGAUAUGUCAUGGAUAGAUUAUUAUGCACCAUACCUAUAUCUGAGUGGGGGAUUCGCUCUUUUAUUAUAUAUCGGUUAUAUAUUAAAUAUGAAAAAUUUUGGUACUUUUAUUAAAAGCAAAUGGACAAAUGUCUUGAAACGAAAGCUUGAUUAAUAAUAUAAAUUUACGAUAAUAAUUAAUGGAAAAAAUUGAUUGUAUACAGACAAUAAGAGUUGAUGUUUCAUUAAAUACAUAAUUACUUUUAUGUAACGCUUAUAAGAGAAUAUAUAUAUAUAUAUAACAUUUUAUUAGCAU